AUGGAAGCUGGCUUACUGCAGUCUUUGGAUGAUUUAGGGUACGAUGGCCCAAUGUUACAUCGUCAGACCUUUCGAGAUGCAAUGAGAACUGGAUUAGAGUCUCAAAAUUUUGUUGAACUCUUGCACUGGCUUGCCACAUCAUUAAUAAAAGCUCUUGACCUACAUUGUACGAUCAAUCCACCUGAUGAAUGUAACUAUGAUGUUCUAAUGCAAGAAGAAGAAGAUAUUUUUGCCACAUUAAAGCAACGAAUGUUUCUAUUAGAAUAUCUAUGUACCGAAUUGCACGCUGCCAUCAUAAUUCAGCAUCAAUCACCUCUUCAACAACAGCAAAGCACAGAAACUACCAAUCCUGAAUCUCCUGGGAGAGAGGUAACGGGUAUAGCGCAGCGGGAAUUGCAACGUAUUUGUAGGGUCCUAGGCAUUUCACCAGCCGGUGACACCGUGAAUGAUAUAUUUAAUGCAAUACUAGGGAAGGUCAAAUUAUUGUUAAAUGAACUACCUGCCAAUACAUUAGGCAAACCUUUGUUAACGAAGGGUCUUACAAAGCAGCAACUGACUGAAUUAAAUGAAAUCAGCGAAGAACUAAUAAAGCAGUAUACCAUGAGAAAGCAAAUGCUGCUAACUAGAUUAGACGUAACUAUUCAAUCUUUUUAUUGGGCAGAUCGUAUUAAGGAAAAAGAAGCUGAAAUUACCGAAGUUUAUGCGUCACAGCGACAAAAUCUAACACCCGAAAGUAAUAUUGGCAUUGCUAAUCUUUUUUCUGCAAGAACAGAUUUAUUAAGAGUUAGUAAAACCUGCAGCGGUAUUGCUCGAGCAAUCACCGAAACUGAAGUAAACAAAGUGGUUAUUGGAAAGGUUCCAGACCGAGGUGGCCGAGUAGAUUACGAUGCAGCAGCCGAUAUGCCUCAAUUUAGAGAGAGAACCGAACCGUCUAAUCGCAGGGGAGGCGGAGGUGCUAGUGGUGGUGGAAGAGGCAGAGUUCAAGGAAGGGGUUGGCAGCACGGUCAUACUGGUCAGCAAAACAGAAAUCAGAAUAAAAGUUGGGGACAGCGUGGUAGUCACAGCAGUCAAGGCGCCAGAGGCAGAAAUGUAUUUCACAGUUAG